AUGCUUGCCACGGGGACGAACAUAAUGCACCCUAGUUUUUCUACGGCAUCCCUGUAUGUGGGAGAUUUAAAUGAAGAUGUAACUGAGGCAGUUUUAUAUGAAAUAUUUAACACAGUUGGACAUGUAUCAUCGAUAAGAGUAUGUCGUGACAGUGUAACAAGAAAAUCACUUGGAUAUGCAUAUGUGAAUUACCACAAUUUGGCAGAUGCAGAAAGAGCAUUGGAUACAUUAAACUAUACAAAUAUUAAAGGACAACCAGCACGACUUAUGUGGAGUCAUAGAGAUCCAUCAUUAAGAAAAAGUGGUGCAGGGAAUAUUUUUGUUAAAAAUUUAGACAAAUCAAUAGAUAACAAAGCACUAUUUGACACAUUUAGCAUGUUUGGAAAUAUUCUUUCAUGUAAAGUUGCAACAGAUGAAUUCGGAAAAAGUAAGAGCUAUGGUUUUGUUCAUUAUGAAGAUGAAGAAAGUGCAAAAGAAGCUAUCGAAAAAGUGAAUGGAAUACAGUUAGGUUCAAAAAAUGUGUAUGUUGGCCAUUUUAUUAAAAAAUCAGAAAGAGCUACGAACGAUACAAAGUUCACAAAUUUGUAUGUGAAAAAUUUUCCAGAAACAGUUACAGAAGCACAUUUGAAAUUGCUUUUCAGUCCUUUUGGGGAAAUAACCUCCAUGAUUGUCAAGACAGACAAUAAAAAUAGAAAAUUUUGUUUUAUUAAUUAUGCAGAUUCUGAGAGUGCAAAGAAUGCAAUGGAAAAUUUGAACGGAAAAAAAAUAACAGAUGAUGGGCAAAUCGAUCCAACCUAUGAUGCAAAAAAGGAAGAAAUGGAAAAUAGCACUAGUGGUGGUGGAAAUGGAUCAACAAGCAAUAGUAGCAAUACAGGAAAUAACUCUGCUGCCCCGCGAGAAGUUAAUGGUUCAGGAAAUGGAAAUGUUGAUUCGAAUUCCAACGUAAAUGAAAAUAACAAAGGAUCAAAUGAUCAGAAAGGUGAUGAUAAUAAGAACACUGAAUCUGGGGAAAUUAGAGAUGCAAAUGAAAAGGGAACGACAAGUAAUGGGAAAACAGCUGAAUCAGGGAAAGGAAACGAAAAUAAUGAUAAAGAAUGUAAUGAAAAAAACAAUGGAACAACAGGUGCAGGAGUUUCAUCCGGGUCAUUGACAAGUGAGGGUGGUGCUGCUAAUGUAAAAGAGGAUGGAACAGAAAGUAACAAUGGAACUAAUGCUGCUGGAACUACAAAUAAAAACACUAGUGGGAAUAACAAAAAGGAAACUGGUGCAUUAGAAAAUGCUGAUAGUCCAAACAUUUUAUAUGUAGGUCCUCAUCAAUCAAGAGCAAGAAGACAUGCUAUUUUAAAAGCUAAAUUUGAUAAUUUAAAUAUGGAAAAUAAGAAUAAACACCAAGGAGUAAAUUUAUAUAUUAAAAAUUUGGAUGAUGCUAUUGAUGAUCAAACUUUGAAAGAAUUAUUUGAUCCCUAUGGUACUAUUACAUCUGCAAAAGUAAUGAGAGAUGAUAAAGAACAAAGUAAAGGAUUCGGUUUUGUAUGUUUUGCGUUACAAGAAGAAGCAAAUAAAGCUGUUACAGAAAUGCAUUUAAAAAUAAUUAAUGGAAAACCACUUUACGUUGGUUUAGCUGAAAAAAGAGAACAACGAUUAUCUAGAUUACAACAAAGAUUCCGUAUGCAUCCAAUCAGACACCAUAUGAAUACAGCAUUAAAUUCACCAAUGCAAUAUCCAUCACCUCAAUCCCCACAAUUGCAAUUUAAUCAAAAUACAUUAAAUUAUGGAAGACCGGUUAUAACUCCAUUCAAUCAAAACAACCUGAUAUCAUGGAGACAUCAGCAAGCAGCACAACAGCAAGUUGUUCAUCAACAAGCAGCACAACAACAGCUAAAUUUUAACGCAAAUAUGAGAGGUCAAAUGAAUCAAAUGAGAUUAUAUGCACAAGGAGGUAGUAAUAUGAUGAAUAAUAAUAUGAAUCAGAAUAAACCAAAUCCACAGUUGCACCCAGCUCAUCAAUAUCCAAAUGCAUUAGGUCAGACAAAUCCACAACAACCGAAUUUGAAUGCUCCAGGACAACAUAAUAACAAUCAGGUAUUACAGCAACAGGCAGGAAAUAAUCAAUUAUUAAAUAAUAACAUGAGAAAUAUGAACAGUAGAGGUAAUAGAAAUAUGGGAGGAGGUAAUAUGGGUAAUAUACCAAAUCAGAAGCAGAUGCCAAUGAACAUGGUGGGUAAACAGAAUACAGGUCAAACCAAUCAGAUGAAUCUCCAGGGUCCAUCUCCACCUCAGCAGCAACAGCAACAACAACAGCAACAACAACAGCAGCAACAACAGACGAAGUCAGCACAACAAAUACAGCAACAGGUACCAGCAAAUGGAAAUUUUAAAUUUACUUCUCAAGCUAGAAAUCGCAUGGAAAUUCCAAAUAAAAAUGCAAACAAAGUAAAUCCAAUUAAUAAUAUGAACGUAAAUUUUAACAACAAUUCGACCCUAACAGCUGCUGCAUUAGCCUCUGCUCCUCCCUCCAUGCAAAAACAAGUUUUGGGUGAAAAUUUAUUUCCCCUUGUUGCGAAUUACCAUCCAACCUUAGCUGGAAAAAUUACUGGAAUGAUGCUAGAGAUGGACAAUUCGGAGCUCCUUAUAUUGUUGGAAAAUGAAGAACAGUUAAAGAAGAAAAUCGACGAGGCCCUUGUGGUGUUGCAGAAGGCCAAGUAG